AAGAGAGGCAGCUGCAGCCGUUGACAACAGAAGAAGGCCAGUUUGUGCGUGCUUCCUACCGUCGCAGUUGGAGUGGACGAAUGGCUGACGACAUGCGUUCACCGCGACUGGGACUGUUGCUGCAAGUAGCGCUUCUGGCGACUGCAUUAGCGCCGGCGUGUUCCUUCUGGGACGACGAGCUUACUACACAGCGCCCAGAUUUGUGCGAUGAAACUGCCCUAGAAGAGGCACGGACUCUGCUGCGCGAUGCCGUGACCAGGAUGGGGGCUACCCUUCCUGAGAGCAUUCCUGCACCUGAUGUUACCUCUGAUAGCUACACCUUGUACAACGGCACCCUCUCUCCUCUGCGCCUUGCUCACGUGAACGUGACCGCGGAGGAUGCUGUAUGUCGAGCUGACGUGCGGCACUUUCCAUUCGCCAUAGGAGUUGGCGGGGACGCCAGCAUCUCAGGGAUUUACGAGUACUACUUCACGGGCAACAACGUGACAGCGAGCGAAGAUCGUGGGCGCAUUGUAGUGACCUACAGAAGAGUCGUGUUCCAGGGGAAACUAAGCCAGCAUUUGGGCCACACAAGCGCAAGUAGCAGCGAUGGCACAACCUCUACUUCCCCGACGCCAGUGUGGAACGCACGUGUGACCUUGAAAGAGGAUCCUUCGUUCUGGGGCACAAACACACGCCCGGAGAAGGUUCGAGUGAACGGGCUUCCAUAUUUUGACAUGAUGCGAGCAAGUGACCAACGUUUUGGGGCCAUUUUCUACAAACUUCCGCAAACACAUGUACUCCCUGCUCUAAAGAAAGCACUUGGAAUUGAGCAGUUGCAAAAGUAGGCGACGCUUCCGCAAGAAUAUAUUUGAACAAGUGUGCCCUUUAGACACACUCAUGCAAUUCGUCCAGUUUGAUUAGAAACUGAACGCGCAGUAACGGCAAAUAAACGUAGUUUUUAUUCUUCUUAAUAGCGAUAACAGAGCGAACAAAGAAGGCACGAAAAGUAUGCCGACAGACGCAAGUGCUGUAUGGGCUGACAAUGAGCUUAUCUAGUGACUGUUUCUUUGGCACGGGCGCUUUUCGUCUCUUUUCCAAGGUACUUUCUCGUGCAAAGGGAUGCCGAGCCAGGAAUUUCGUGAUAAAGUCUAUCCUUUUUUCUUCGUACGACUCUAAGCUGUAAUGGAUUGCAUUGUGAACUUUCCAGUUAAGUCGUAAUUUCAGUUUAUGCAUCGGGUAAUUACGAAGAAAUUGAAUGUUUUCGGAAGGCCUGUGUUCUGUGCACAUUUGCUGGCAUGUGCACGUACCAACCUGGCUGGGCUUAUAUAUGUUAUUUUUCCCAAUAAACAUUCAGCGGCGUGUACAUAGCCUGUUUUUAACAACCUCGAGGUCCCGUGUUGCUUUAUGCCGUUGUCAUCUUUAGCAGUUAAACCAAACCAACUAGCCCCAUUCGCCGCGUUACUAUACUUGCUAAAAUAUCUAGAGUGAACCUGGGAAUUGUGCUAUGAAACGGAACGUAUUUAUUAUGUCAUACGUCAUUUCCUGAAACUUGAGGGCCAGAGCACAGAAUGUCUUUCGGGAUAUCUGAGCGAUGCCUAUGUAAUAACGCGUUGAAAGCUUCUUUGAAAGUGUUGACUUUCCCAAAGC